UGAAGCGUCCUUUUUGUCGUAGGCGUAUGGUGCCCUUCUCGCAACUGACAGUUGCUGCACAAGGGGAAAUGCAUGUAUAGUUAUGUUUUGUGUAUAAUUGCAUUGGAAGAAUUAAACUAGUUUAUUCAUUUCAGGACCCGGGGCCAAAGUGACAUCAUCAUACUAAGUUGACCGCGUGCCUCCAAGCCGUUUGGAAAAGAAACGAGGAAAUAGGCUAGCGUGAAGCUAAGUUACAUUUUGUGAAGAUGUCAAAAUUCAAUUUUAGCUUUAGGAGGAGCGAAAGAAACGCAUUUAAGCACAUAGCUCAUGGUCUGAUCCCCGCUGCCACCAUCGCCCCCAGACCUGCCGUGCCCCGCACCCCUCCCCCCCGCAGCCUGAGCCCCUCCCCAGAGAGACCCAGGUCGGCUCUCGCGGCGGCCAUCUUGUCGUCAUCUCUGACGGGGCGCACGGUGGCCAUCCCCCCCGCCCGGACACGCUCGCUCUCUGAGACCGACUGCUCACGCUCAGAACACCAACAGGACUUUCAGCCCUUUGCCAGCACCGCACUCUACACAAGAGACCGCUGGUCGGACCCCGUGGGUUCCAGACCUCGCUGCCCCUCCCCUGGGCGCUCUGAUGAGGAUGAUGAUGAUGAUGAUGAUGAUGAGGAGGAGGAGGACGAAGGCCUAGAGGAGGAGGUGCUGUCGGAGGACGGCCACGUGUACCAGUCCGUGGAGAACCCUGUGAGGAGCCCGGCUCAAGACGCAAUCUACGCCGUUCCGUCUAAGCUGAGGGCCUCCUACUCCGAUGGAGAUGAACUGACAGAGGACAGCACCUUUGACAUCGUCUCACCCCUGCACACAGAAGAAGAGAUUGAAGAGGAGCCUACAGAGAAGCAGCGGUCAGCACACCCCCGUCUGUCUACUCCAACUCAGCUCAGACGCUCUUCACCCCCACAGAGGAGAACACCUUCACCCACACACACCAGCGCACACACACACACCAGCUCACACACCAGCCGACACACCAGCCGACACACCAGCAAACAUUCACGGAGCUCUUCUAAGGUCAUGCCUUCUCCAGGUCGCCGUGACGCCCCUGCUGAAGUGAUGGAGACGAGCAGGAAACAGCAACAGCAGAAGAGGAGCCCAGAUACAGCCAGGACAGGCUCUGAGGCUGGGGAGGCCUACAGGGAGACGCUGGAGGUGCAGAAGGAGCUGGUCCAGACCCUGCGAGAGCAGCUGCGGGGCCUGGGGGGGGAGAAGCAGGCCCUGAGGGGGAGGUGCGAGGAGCAGAGCCACCUCCUGCAGGACAGCCAGCAGCGCAUACUCGCCCUGGAGAGAGAGCUCAGCUCCGCCCUCAGGGACAACAGCCCACUCGCAGGUGAGACGGCGGAGCUGCAGAGUCUGCGUCAGCAGGCCCAGGAGCUGGUGGAUGAGAACGACGCGCUCAAGAUGACCGUGCACCGCCUCAACGUGGAGCUCAGUCACUACCAGACACGGUUCAGGCCCCUGUCUAAACAAGAGACUGCUAGGACCUCAGGGAUACCAGUGAAAGGCCCACCUCCACCGUGGCUGCUGGACAUGAAGUAUUUAUCUCCACUGCUGCUGGCCUACGAGGACCGGCUCAUGGAGAAGGACACUCUCCUACAGUCCUGUGAGGAGGAGGUGAGGAAGCUGCGUGUGCAGACUGAGGAGGUUGUCAAGGAGAAUGAGAAGCUUUAUGAGCAGCUGGGCAGGAUGGGAGGCAUCAGCCACCAGGAGUGGAAGCAGCUGCAGGAGCAGGCCCGAUUGGUUCUUGAGGAGAACCAGGUUCUCCUGGAGCAGCUGGAGGUGCAGCGCACCAAAGCCAAGGAGAACCACACCCGCCAUCAUCAAGAGGUGGCUAAAGUGUCCAAGCAGCUGGUGCUUCAGGAGGAUGAGCUUCUUCGCCUGCAGAGGGAGCUAGAGGACACCCGACGUGAACUACACACUCUCCAACACCAGGAGGCCGUGACCCACGAACAACACCAGAGUAAUAUCAGCCAGCUCACACAGCGUCUGGAGGAGGAGAAGAGGUGCUGGCAGGGGGAGAUGGAUGAGCUGCUGGGUAAGAUGGCGGCUCUGCAGACGGAGAGGAAGGCUCUGGUGCGGAUCAAGACAGAACUCGACGCCAACACCAAGAGUCUGGAGGCGGAGCUGGAGCUCGCUCGCCACGCCCACAGGAAAGCCCAGCGGCGUGUGGAGGUUCUGAAGCAGCAGCUGGAGGAGUCCAUGGAUAAGGAGCUGACUGCCCUGCACUACCUGGCAGGAGUGGUGGGAUUAGCAGAGAAGACCACUCUAGAGAGAGACCAGCUUGUACACAUGCUCCGCGUCAACGCUGGAGAAGGACAAGCAGGACGUCAUCACCCGCAUCAUCGGGGGCACCGUGCAGCUCGCAAAGCUCCAGGAGAAGGUCAAGGUCGCCGUGACGCCCCUGCUGAAGUGAUGGAGACGAGCAGGAAACAGCAACAGCAGAAGAGGAGCCCAGAUACAGCCAGGACAGGCUCUGAGGCUGGGGAGGCCUACAGGGAGACGCUGGAGGUGCAGAAGGAGCUGGUCCAGACCCUGAGAGAGCAGCUGCGGGGCCUGGGGGGGGAGAAGCAGGCCCUGAGGGGGAGGUGUGAGGAGCAGAGCCACCUCCUGCAGGACAGCCAGCAGCGCAUACUCGCCCUGGAGAGAGAGCUCAGCUCCGCCCUCAGGGACAACAGCCCACUCGCAGGUGAGACGGCGGAGCUGCAGAGUCUGCGUCAGCAGGCCCAGGAGCUGGUGGAUGAGAACGACGCGCUCAAGAUGACCGUGCACCGCCUCAACGUGGAGCUCAGUCACUACCAGACACGGUUCAGGCCCCUGUCUAAACAAGAGACUGCUAGGACCUCAGGGAUACCAGUGAAAGGCCCACCUCCACCGUGGCUGCUGGACAUGAAGUAUUUAUCUCCACUGCUGCUGGCCUACGAGGACCGGCUCAUGGAGAAGGACACUCUCCUACAGUCCUGUGAGGAGGAGGUGAGGAAGCUGCGUGUGCAGACUGAGGAGGUUGUCAAGGAGAAUGAGAAGCUUCAUGAGCAGCUGGGCAGGAUGGGAGGCAUCAGCCACCAGGAGUGGAAGCAGCUGCAGGAGCAGGCCCGUUUGGUUCUUGAGGAGAACCAGGUUCUCCUGGAGCAGCUGGAGGUGCAGCGCACCAAAGCCAAGGAGAACCACACCCGCCAUCAUCAAGAGGUGGCUAAAGUGUCCAAGCAGCUGGUGCUUCAGGAGGAUGAGCUUCUUCGCCUGCAGAGGGAGCUAGAGGACACCCGACGUGAACUACACACUCUCCAACACCAGGAGGCCGUGACCCACGAACAACACCAGAGUAAUAUCAGCCAGCUCACACAGUAA